AUGGAGAGUGACAGUAUGGACAUGGGUGGUUCCGGUGGGACUCUGGCCAGUUCAAGAUGGAACCCAACAAAGGAGCAAAUAAAUAUGCUUGAGAAUUUGUACAAGCAAGGUGUUAGGACGCCGAGUGCAGAACAAAUACAGCAAAUAACUAAUAGGCUUAGGACUUUCGGUCACAUUGAAGGGAAAAAUGUUUUCUACUGGUUUCAGAAUCAUAAGGCUAGGCAAAGGCAGAAGCAGAAGCAAGAGAGAAUGGCGUUUUUCAAUCGAUAUAUUCAUAAAGCUCAACCUGUGUUCCCUCCUUGCGCUAACGUUUGUGGUCCAUAUUACUUACCGCGGAGCGAAAUAGGGUUCUAUCCACAAUGUCCAAAGGUGCUACUUCCCGUUCCCGGUGGCGCUAAGAGGAGACCAAAAGUUGAGGAACAAAAAGAGAAUACAAGAGUUCUUGGAGGUUCACUGUAUGAUCCUGAGCAAUAUGACUACUGUGUCAUGAUGCAAAUGAAAAAUAUUAACGAAGGCGGCAUUGACAAUAAUCAAGAAACGUUGCCUCUCUUCCCCUUGCACCCAACUGGAAUUUUACAAGGAAGAACAAGUACAACCCCUUCUAUCGGUUCGACUUCUAGCUCCUCUGAAACUAACACUGCCAUCGAAGACGGUUCCUGUGAUCAACCCUUCUUUGAUUUUUUCUCCGGUCGAGGAUGUGAAACUGACUGAAAGGUAUAAGGGACUGCACUAACAUGCAUACACUACUGCUAAAUAACUACUGGUUUUCUCUAAGCUCUUCUAGUUUGGGAUUGUGAGCGGUAACAAGUGAUG